AUGAGUUUCUCACCGUCCAGCUCCCUGCCCCCAUCCCCCCACCCUGCCCCCAUCCCCCUUUCCUCCUCUUCCUCUGUGAAGUGCUGCCCUGAACUCGACCUGUCAGUUACUCUAAGCCCUGCCUCCAAAACUGACCACACCCUGCAAAAGCUCUGCCAUCCAAAGCCCUCCCAACAAGGACAGACUGGGAAAAGGAGGAAUGGAAAGGUGUGCUUCAAAGAACCAGUGACUGUUACUGUAACAUCGGAGCCUCAGCUCCUUCCUGCUCAGCAGCGGAGGAAAGGUUCCAGGAAGAACACGGGCCGUCGCCAUGCUGUCAGUCAUUCAGUGGCGACUCCCACUGCCCAGCUCCUUCCAGAUCCAGGCUGUCUGAAGAGGGCGGAGUUUAACACCACUCUGACUCUAAAGGCAGAGUUUCACUCACUGCAGGGGGCAGAGUUCAACUCCCAGAAAGCUCUUCAGGAGACACUUCAAAAGUCAGAGAGGACCAAAAACUUGAUCAAUGCCCGAGCUGCAGAAGUGGUGAACGUCUCUCGCUCCCAGCUGCUCUUCAACUCGCUGGUCAGCGUCAGUGUGCCGGACGAUCAGCUGAUCAGCCAGGUGCUGCAGGACAGGCUGCUGCUGGCCCCGCCUCGCUGCCAUGACCCUGAGCCAGUAGAGGGCCCCUCCCUGCUCUUCUUCACGACCUCUGACCUUAUCAGACAGAAGCCCCUUCCACAAGAGGAGGAACCAGGCACCCAGAAACCUUUGCCUAUGCCACGCCCUGCCUACUUCACCUUUGACCUGUUCAAGCGACGGAGGUGCUGGGAGGCCACGCCCUGA